UGGGGACACUGAACUGUGUCCCUGCCCCAAGUCUUUUCAGCCCCAGUGGCCACACGGCUCAGAUCUCCUCCCGCGGUCCCCCAGCUCCACGAUGAUGGCUGAAGAGCACACAGACCUGGAGGCCCAGAUUGUCAAGGACAUCCACUGCAAGGAGAUCGACCUGGUGAACCGAGACCCCAAGAACAUUAACGAGGACAUAGUGAAGGUGGAUUUUGAAGAUGUGAUCGCAGAGCCCGUGGGCACCUACAGCUUCGACGGUGUGUGGAAGGUGAGCUACACCACCUUCACGGUCUCCAAGUACUGGUGCUACCGCCUGCUGUCCACACUGCUGGGAGUCCCGCUGGCCCUGCUCUGGGGCUUCCUGUUCGCCUGCAUCUCCUUCUGCCACAUCUGGGCAGUGGUGCCGUGCAUUAAGAGCUACCUGAUCGAGAUCCAGUGCAUCAGCCACAUCUACUCCCUCUGCAUCCGCACCUUCUGUAACCCGCUCUUUGCUGCCCUGGGCCAGAUUUGCAGCAACAUCAAGGUGAUGCUCCGGAAGGAAGUGUAAGGCCAGGUGGGGGUGAUGUGGGUGGCCGGGCAGGGGGAGUCAGGCCAGGCUGGCCCCACGGUAGUUCUCGGCGGGCCUGCCGGCGAGCGCUUUCUCUUUAAGGACUGCUAUUUCCCCCCCAAGAUGGAAGCACACAGUUUAGGGAAGCCAGAAAGAAAAGACAGCCCUGCCACAGAAGCACAGUGGCCCUUCAGCCUGCCCCCUACCCCACCUCGAUGCCCCCGCGACCGGGCAGGAGGAAAGAGAAUUUGCUAAGAGGCAGCUACUGCAAGUCUUUGCAUUCACCUGUACUGUAACGGCAUAAACCAGCACUCAGUCCCCACCCGGGGUCAACCUGUCCAUGCACGCCACCUGGGAAAGCUACCAGUGACUCUUGGCAUUAGGAGGGUGGCUCCAAUAAAGGGUUUCGGCUGCAUUUGGGGAA